AUGAAUGGUCGGUGGUUAUUGGUGUCUGCACACAUCUUGGAUGCGCUCCUAUUGCUGGCGCUGGUGAAUACUCUGGCUACUACUGCCCCUGCCACGGCAGUCACUACGAUGCAUCUGGACGCAUUAGAAAGGGACCCGCUCCUCGUAACCUUGAUGUGCCACCAUACGUUUUCAAAGGAGAUACGAUUGUUGUCGGAGAAGAGGAAAAAUAAGCAACCAAAUUUUACGCUU